AUGACGAUAUGGUCGACUCCAGAUGCAGGUGCUCCAGGAGCUCCCGGAGAGGGAGGCGAGGGCGGAGCUCCGGCCCCAAACCUGACCAGCAACAGACGACUGCAGCAGACGCAGGCUCAGGUGGACGAGGUGGUGGACAUCAUGCGUGUGAACGUGGACAAAGUCCUGGAGAGAGAUCAGAAGCUGUCGGAGCUGGACGACCGGGCCGACGCCUUGCAGGCCGGAGCCUCGCAGUUCGAGAGCAGCGCCGCCAAACUCAAGAACAAGUACUGGUGGAAAAACUGCAAGAUGAUGAUCAUGAUGUCGAUCAUAGGUAUCAUAUGUGUUGGAGUCGUCUUCUGGUUCGGUAUCGGUACUCGCUAUCUUUAA